GUGGGGUGGGGGCUUAUAAUUUUGCUCUACACACUCCUUUUAUAAAUUUAUUUAUUCUUAAUUAGGCUUAUACCUUACCCUUGUCUCCUAUUAUACAGUACAAGGAUUUUCAUAUAAAUAUUUGUCUUUCUUUUUUUUCUCUUUUCUUCUUCUCCUCUCUUCUUUUCUUUUUACUUUUCUCUUCCAUUCUUUAGAUGAAGAAGUCAUUUUCAUUCAAAAGCAAAAGAGCCACUGUGUUCAUCUUGUUCAUUAUAUCGACAUUUAUAUACAUCACAUUACCAAAACACACAGCAUUAUCACUAUUUCAGACAUCCACGCUCAUACAAUCCUCAUCCAUCGCGUUAGAUGACACAAUCCUUGACAUACCAUCAGAACAAGAGAAAUACUUAGCCUAUUUACCGCACUCAGGCUUAUCAAAUCAACGGAUUGAGCUAGCAAAUGCGUUAAUGAUGGCUUAUAUGCUAAACCGGACGUUGAUUGUACCUCCUGCAUUUCUAGGUACGGUGUUUGGUUGGAUGCCUCGACCAUCACUUGAAGAUCGCCUUGAGUGGCUUACGACACCUAAAAACUUUGCUAAGAUCUGUCAGCGACCUACACCAGGCAAACUACCCAGUUAUGUACAGCGCUCUCGAUGUGCAGAGUAUCGCCAUUUUGGUACUAUCCCCUGGACAGCACUUCAUGACCUUGAUUCACUCUCAGAGAUCAAUAUCAAAGUUCAAUCAGUGGUUUCCCUUAGCCAGAUUAAAAAAGAUCUUGGCCUGGAAGACCGUGAUAUUUAUCUGCACCACGAUACACAACUUUAUGAUUGGCGGCUAUAUGAGAACCAGACACAGGCACUUGAUUUAUUACAGAACAAGCUCAAUUACUUUGAUUCGUUUGGAGGAAGACGAUAUUAUAAAGUCUUAUUACCCCAUCAUUUCUCAAGAAGAACAGAGCGAUUGUUGUAUUUGGGCGGUAUCUUUGGAUCCUCUCGAUUGAAUCUAGUAAACCCUGAAUACAAACGGAUGAAACAAAAGAUUAGACGAGUGCUCCACUAUCGUCUUGAUACUCCGCUUGGAGAGACAGUCAAGUCCAUUGUAGACUAUAUGGGUGGCCAAGGUGCUUUUAUGUCAAUUCAUUUUAGAACAGGCGACCGUCCCUUCAAGAAUGAAAUACCAGCCAACCUUGAAAGUUUUGUCCAGAGAAUGACAAAAGCGGUCAGUCAACCAGACUAUCGUUUUCGACAGGAGGAAGGUUGUCUGGCUAUUGCUCAAGAUAGCCAAGAGCAUGCUGAUCUCGUAUCCAUACCAGAAAAGCAUAUUAAAGUCUAUAUCGCAACAGACUAUCAUCAUCCUCGCAAUGAAUACAGUGCACUCUUGCCUUGGUUUGAACAGUUUCCUUGUACAACUACCCUGAGCGAUGUACCGGAUUAUUUAUUUUCCCCUUUAGAUAGCAUUCGAGACAUUGUUGUGCCUUCUAAGCCAUUAAAGGGAUUCCUGAUCCCUAUUAUAGAUGCUAUGGUAGCGGCACACGGUAAAAAGAUACUGACUACACCUCGCUCUACAUUUUCAAAAUACAUUGAAGAAUUGCACCACGCCUGGCUCUAAUAUUUAUAUAUAUCAUAAUAAAUUUAUUUAAUUUUGUACAUAGUAUAUUUAUGCAUCUGCAGCAAUUAAAGCAACAAUCAUACGGUAUAAGAAGUAAAAGAAGCACUAUAGAGUAUGAUUAAAUAGACAUAGAAACACU